GCUUCCCGAGUUAAAGAAGACCUUAAUGUCGCGAUAAAGAACUCUAUCCAAAAAUGUAUCAAUCUGUAGCAAAUUACAGGAAUCGAAAUUUGAUUUUCGCGGUUUCCGUUUCAUUAUUAUUUUUGUAUGUAUUUUUCGCCAAGCCGCUUCUAAUCCACUACAUCUAUCAGUAUACAAAACUGAUCGUUCGAGAAGUCUUGAUCGACCGAACAAGACUAUUUGAAAAUGAUAAUCAGCUGGCUCAAAAAGAGUGGAGAUUGUAUCAACUGGAGAGUGAGUACGGACAGAAGUGGUGUCAAGGGAGGAUUACGUCACGAUCGGAUUGGACUUGGCUGACAGCCAUGGUUAAUGACGACUUUGCCAUUCCUGCUCUUGUCCUAGGGUAUUCUUUACGAAAGUUCUCCUGUCAUAGAAACAUGAUAGCUUUAGUGUCUUCAGACGUUAGUCAAGGAGCGAGAAACGCGUUAAAAAAAGUUGGAUGGAGUAUACGAAGCGUUGAACGCCUUGAUUGUGAUUGGAUAGAGAAGAAGAAGGGGUUACCUCAGUUACAUUCUGGGUACAUUGGUACUCAUACUCGAUUCCAUGCAUGGAAUUACACUGAGUUUUCAAAGAUAAUUUAUGCAGAUCCUGAUUAUAUGCCAAUGACCAACAUUGAUGAAUUGUUUGACAUCAAAGGUGAUUUUGCUGCUGCAACAUGCUCAAGGCCUGGGGUUUUGGACCCUUGUUUUAAUGCUGGCCUACUUGUCUUUAAACCAGACGCAAUGGAUUAUAAAAAGAUUAUGGACUUAUGGUGGAAAACCACAGAUGACCACUGCCCUAAUGAUCAAGUACUACUCUGGCAUUAUUAUGCUGACACAGGGAGGUGGACUGCUCUGCCAUACUCAUACAAUGUGCGCCGCAUCACUUAUCGACCAAUGAAAGCUUUCCACUUUGCUUGCUGUAUCCCCCCCAAACCAUGGUCUGCCAGAUGUCGUCCGAGCCGAGUUGAAGCAGAAUUAUAUGACCUGCCAAUCACCAAGGUAGAAAGGACUGCAAUCACUUUUUGGAAAAAUCUGUAUGAGUUGCUGAAAAUUCAUAAUCUUGAUGAUUGGUGGAUGUCCACAAGAUUUUAUAGAAAAAAUCAAGAAUUCGGGAAUUUAAGUUCUGAGCUAUGCUGGAAAUUACCCGAUUACUCAGGCACAGAACUAUAGUUCACAAAUAAAAAAAGUAUCAACCACAAAGUACUAAAAGCCCUUAUGGGGAAAGAUAAAUUAUGUAUGUACACCAUGUACAUAAAACACUAUAAUAAUCAAACAAUUAUAUUGAGGAUUAAAAUAACGGCUAAUAAGUCACUGGCCAUGAUCACAGUCCAAAAAUUUUUUCAUUUAGUCAUACCUUAUAUCUGGCUAAAUGUUACUGGUCAAAAUGACUGGCAA